AUGUCCGCGCGGAAGGUCUCGUCCGAGUCGUUCAGCUCCGCGAGCUCGGAGUGUGUGGAGAGCCCUGAGCGCGCGGACUGGCCGGACUGCCCGCUCGCGCUCUGGAACGGCCGCAGCCCCGCGCGCGCGGCACCCCGGCGCAGGAGGCGCGUGAACCUGGACUCGCUGGGGGAGAGUCUGAGGAGACUUACAUCACCGGCGACACAGACAAUUCAGCAGGCUCUGCAGAGAACCGUGGAGUUCUACAGACACAGGAAUAUCAGCAGUGAGGACGGCGCUGAGGAGAAGUGUGUGUUAGAGAAGUGUCCGUUUGUAAACUCGCAAUCCGAUGACCAAACUGACAUCUCAGGAAUACUGCAGUACACCGCCGCUAUAGUGGGUGUUGGGUUUCCUACCCUGCGUGAGCGUUUUGGGGAGGAAUUUUUCGGCUUGUGUCUGGAGGAGAACGAGAGGGUUCUGCGUUCUCUGGGCGGGAACCUGCAGGAUUUCUUCAAUGGCUUUGACGCCCUUUUGGAGCACGCCCGGACCUCGUACGGCUGCAGGGCGUCCUCGGAGUCGCCCUCCUUUCUGUGCAAAGACACCCACGGAGAGACAGAUGAUGAUGACAAGACAGAAAAGGAGAAAGGAAAGACUCUUCUUCUGCACUGCUUCAACCCUGACCCCACGGUGGGCGUGGCCAUGCCGGGCCUGAUCCGGGCAGCCGCUCGCCGGAUUUACCAAUCAGAAGUCCAGGUGGAGGAAACCGACCCCACCUGGCUCCAUGUGGCCAACGAGGAUGGAGAACUGUCUGCAGACUCCACCCCUUCGUCGUCUCCAUCCCCGCCCACUUCUACACCCCCGGCCUGCCUGUCCUUCCGCAUAAGAGAGGUCAGGACAUCUUUGUCAUCUUCGUCGUCCUCCUCUUCCUCGCGACAGCUGUCGCGCUCACCUUUGGACCUGCGGAUCAGCCUCAGCACGUUCUGCAGGGCGUGUCCAUUCCACCUGGUCAUUGGCCCCAGCAUGGAGGUGCUGCAAGUGGGGGAGGGGCUAAGGCAGGUGGGGAGGGGACUUAGGAAGCCACACCGGACACUGAGUUUCAGCGACAGCUUCCAGCUUGUCUCUCCCAGGAUUCCUUGCUCUUUCCAGAACAUUCUGCUACGCCUGGCCACGCCGUUCACCAUCCGCACGCGGCCCGACUCGUCCGCGUUGGACAGCAAGGAAAAGGUGAUGGAGCUGAAAGGUCAGAUGAUCCACCUGCCCGAGUCCAACUCCAUCAUGUUCCUCGGCUCGCCACGCGUCGACAGGCUGGAGGAGCUGAUGGGGCGGGGCCUGCACCUCUCCGACAUCCCCAUCCAUGAUGCAACCCGUGACGUCAUCCUGGUGGGCGAGCAGGCGAAGGCCCAGGACGGUCUGAAGAAGCGGAUGGAUAAGCUGAAGGCCACUCUGGAGCGGACCCACCAGGCCCUGGAGGAGGAGAAGCGGCGGACGGUGGAGCUGCUCUACUCCAUCUUCCCGGGCGACGUGGCCCAGAGGCUCUGGCAGGGCCUGCCCGUCCAGGCCAAGAAGUUCGAUGAUGUCACCAUGCUGUUCUCGGACAUCGUGGGCUUCACGGCCGUGUGCGCUCAGUGCACGCCCAUGCAGGUCAUCAGCAUGCUGAACGAACUCUACACGCGCUUCGACUACCAGUGCGGCGUGCUAGACGUCUACAAGAUUGAGACUAUAGGUGAUGCGUACUGUGUGGCUGCUGGGCUCCAUAAGAAGUGUGAGAGCCACGCUCGGCCCAUCGCCCUGAUGGCCCUGAAGAUGAUGGAGCUUUCAGAGGAGGUUCUCACGCCGGACGCUAAACCCAUACAGCUGCGUAUUGGGAUCCACUCCGGCUCGGUGCUGGCGGGAGUCGUCGGGGUGAAGAUGCCGCGUUACUGCCUCUUUGGAAACAACGUCACACUGGCCAGCAAGUUCGAGUCCGGCAGCAAACCGCGCUGCAUUAACGUCAGCCCAACCACUUACCAACUCCUCCGUGAUGACCGCUCCUUCUCUUUCGUUCCGCGUUCCCGUCAGGACCUUCCUGACAACUUUCCCAAAGAGAUCCCAGGAAUCUGCUACUUCCUGGAGGCGGGCAGGUCCCAAAGCCACGCCCCUCUGACCAGCACUCGCUCCGCCCCCAUUCGGAAGGUGUCCUACAACAUUGGGACCAUGUUUCUACGCGAGACCAGCCUCUGAGUUAAACCCCGCCCACCUGCUACUAAACCACGCCUUGCAGGCUAGCGUUGCCCUAGGCAACCAGUCGCUCCGCCUCUCGGACACAGCGCUCCGCCCCCAGGGGUGAACAGAUGAGAUGAGAACUCGAGGAGGAGACAUGAAUAUUCACGAAUAUUCAAAUUUUACUUUAAAAAGACUUGGAAAUUUAAAUAUAUAUAUUUGAAUAAAUAUAUAUAUAUAUAUAUAUAUAUAUGAUAUAUAUUUGCAUAAAGCCUUCUGCUCCACAACAUACGCCACACACAGAUAUACCAUAAUAACAAUAACAUAAACACUAGACACACGAGUAUAACGUACAGCAGCGCCAAGAUAUGCUACACACACACACACACACACAAACACACACACACACACACACACACACACACACACAGAUAUAUACCAUAACGAUAAAACUUCCUGUGUAUCUUUGCGUUUCAUGUGGCGUCGCACUGAAUAAGCGUUGCCAAAUGUGCUAAGCUGACGAGACGCCUGUCUGUUUGCUGCACUGUUGGCUGCAGUAGCCGUAAAGAAAGUGAGGGAUUAGCGAUGGAGUCAGCAGGUCACAGGAAUCAGUGGCAGCUUCAUCUUUUUACUGAUAUUCAACAUUCCCAGGAGCGCCGAACGGUGAACUCGCACUAGGUGGUCCGCACACCCCCCCCCCGCUGAUCACGCUAGACCCCCGAAGUCCAGUUAGUGUGAUCUCUCUGUCCCGGGUCCAUUUAAAGCGAUGGGCUCGGGCAUGGUUCAGCUGGACUCGGGCACGGUACGCAUUGUGAAAGGGUUCUUCAGAAUGAUGAAGACUGUGCUGUGGAUGGUUCUGUGCAUCACCAAAAAUCAGCCAGAGUAGAAGAACCCAUUUUGGUACUAUAUAGAACACCUUUUCAAAAAGGAUUAUCCACUAGGGGUUCCACAGAGUAGUACUGCUCGGCGAUGACACUUUAAUCUUGAUGUUGACGAGACUCUGAUCACGUGAUUAUCACAAUAACAACAUGGACAUCCCAGAGGUGAGGAGGCUGGUGAUUUCAGAGUCCAGUUUGAAGCCAGUUACUCUUAUUUUCUCCGAGUUACGGCGCUUUAAAUCUCUCUGGCUCUCCGGACCUCCAUCACGGGAGAGCGCCUCGGCAAGGCCACCUAGGGUGCGCCUAAGUAGGAUACACAUUUAUGAGAUUCCAGGGUCCCUGAAGGCCAGCAAUGCGAUCCAGGUCUCGUUGGAAAGGACACGUCACGCUCUACUGACCUGUGGAGUUUCCAAGCGUUCGCUUCUGCUGUGUUUCCAUUCAUGAUGUCAUCAGUGAUUGGUUGAUGUCGACUCGACUUUACAUGACUGUCGACUUUAAAACCUCUGAAAUUGUGCCCUUAUUAUCCACUAACGUUUCUCUUUAAAGCAAUGUGUUCUAGUUUGAAUCUUUCUUCACAUCUAGUUCUGUUCACAUCAUUCCAGAAAUUCUGUCCCAAACAUGGCGGAGACAACGGAAAAGAUCGCACAACUGAAACGCAACGAUACACAAACGCACACAUUCACACAGUACUGCGUUAGAGUUAGAGACCCCCACACAUCUGUUUAACUUCCAGUCAAAACAGUCACUCAGUAUAAGAUGUUUGUGAGGAGAUCCGAUAUAAGAUAAUCCACCUGUACAAUGAAGGAGAAAGACAAACAGGAGUUUCCAAAAACUGGAGUUUAAAAUCUGAUUAAAGCUCCAGAAAAAUGUGUCUCCUAGCAACCACCUGGAAGAGCUGUUAGACCCCAAAACUGCCCCCAUCAGAUAAACAGCACUUAAAGCUUUCAUCUUUGAGAGAGAGGAGAAAAUCAAGCUGCUUCAGAUCUGAAA